AUGAACAUCGCAGACCCAUUAUCAAGACUGUGCAUAAUCUCACAUUGCAAAAAGACCAAUGACGACGAACAUGUCAACCAGAUUGUAGAAAAUGCUAAACCAUGCGCGAUUUCUAUGGCCGAAAUAAAAAUGCACUCAGAGCAGGAUCCGGAAAUACGUAAAGUAAAGCAAGGUAUCUACGACAAGAACUGGGAAGAUAAUGUCAAAGGAUAUAAGAUCUUCGAAAAUGAAUUGUGUUUUUUCGGUGAUAUACUCCUAAGAGGAAAUAGAAUUGUUAUACCAUCUAUACUUCGGAAAAGAGUUCUAGAUGCUGCACACGAAGGUCACCCUGGGAUUGUUGGCAUGAAAGGACGGUUAAGGACUAAAGUUUGGUGGCCAAGGAUAGACAAGGAUUCUGAAUGCCUGGUAAAGAGUUGUAAGGGCUGUACUUUAGUUGGAUUACCCAAUCCACCAGCUCCUAUGAAACGUCGGGAACUCCCGGAUGCACCUUGGGUGGAUACAGCAAUGGAUUUAUUAGGGCCAUUGCCCAGCAAUGAUUAUUUAUUAGUCGUAGUAGAUUAUUAUAGCCGUUACAAGGAAGUAAAGAUAACGAAGACUAUUACUAGUGCUGUAAUAAUCAAACUAUUAAAGGAAAUAUUUGGCCGCCUAGGUUAUCCAUCAUCAAUAACGGCAGAUAAUGGACGACAGUUUGUGAGUGCGGAAUUUAAAGAAUUUUGUAACGAAUGUAAUAUAAAACUUUUUAAUACAGUGCCCUACUGGCCUCAACAAAAUGGCGAAGUAGAGAGACAAAACAGAGAUAUAUUAAAAAGACUGAAGAUUGGCAAUAUUGAGAAAAAAGAUUUACAAGAUAGCUUGAAUGAUUACCUCAUGAUGUAUAAUUCAACACCUCACUCUGUAACAGGGAAAACACCAACAGAACUGUUUUACAAAAGACAGAACAGAGAUAAAAUACCUAUGCUUCAGGAUAUACAUACAGGAGAUGACACAGAAGUUAGAGACAAAGAUAAAGAACAAAAAGAGAAAGGAAAAGAAUACGCAGACGAAAGAAGAAAGGCACAAAAUGUGGAUUUGAGUGGAGGAGAGAGAGUUUAUGUAAAAGAAACAAACAAAUGUCACAAACUAGCACCAAAUUAUAACCCAGCACCACACAUAGUUGAGACAGCAAACAAUGGAGAUAUUACAGUCAGAAAUGAAGAAACUGGACAGACCCUGAGGAGAAACAUAUUACAUUUAAAGAGAGUAGAAGGUGAGUGGAAAUCAAUGCAAGGUAACCAAGAACCUAAUCUGACAAACAACAGUGUAACAGCAAUCUAA